AUGUGCGCUCUUCACCGGUCGUCAACCAUGCAUUCGAGAAUCAAUAUGCGCGGGAAACGCAACAGCACGCGGCUGUCCCUCCUCCUGCGGACACGGAACAAAGGCCAGAGAAGAAGCGAGGAUGUGGAAAUGCAGCACGACAGCUCCCACGUCCAACUUUGGAAGGAACGGAGCGUGACGCAGGCUAUGAAAGCUUUAUUUGGGUGUAGUGAAGAGGAUCUGGCAAGUUGGCCGGGGAUCGCGUCGUACUGCAGGUAUCUCGACGCAUGCUUCCGCGCCACCUUCACCGGUGCAUUCUCACCGGUCCUCAGAGUCGUGGAAGGCCUCGAACCCGAUUCUGUUCGGGGAUGGCAGGCUUUCGAGAAGGUGGUCAAGGUUGUGGUUGCGCGUCCGGACGAUAGCAGCUCGAUUGAGGAUAUCUUCCUUGCUCUGACGCGAGUCGUCCCGACUAUGUCCGAUGAUCCUUUGCUCUCGCAAGUUGGGGUCGAGUCUGCAUGCUUUGUUUUUGUUUUUGCCGUCAUCUGCUGGAGCUCUAUGUGCUUACAACCGGAUCUCUCCGUGAGACCAUCGGAGGACCAGUAUAUCCUCAAAGUACAACAGCAGCGUGAUGAGCAGGCCGGUCUGAAGCUCGAAUCGGUCAGGAGACCUGUUUCGGCGAUCUUUCGCCACUUUCAAAGGACUAUGCCUCGGACACGCUGGCAGCAGCCUGUAGGUGGAGUCAGGCCAGAGCUAUCGACAAAUCUUGGGGUUCCCAGCCUCAAUCUUGCGACUCUCGUCACAAUUGGCAAGAUUCGCUUGAAAUGGGUCGACAACAUCACAAGCCAUCUCGACCUUGAUGCCGACAACCGGCUGCUGAUGCAUCGUGCUCUAUACGAUAUACAAGCUGACAACUCUGCAGCCACUGAAUGCUUCAUACAGCUCUCACGGGAAGUUCUCUUGUCCUAUCGGCUUGUUUUCGGACAAACUCUGGCCGCUAGACGGCUGGCCAAGAAAGAGCUCAAGCGGCUCCAGGACGAUGGCGAAGAUAUCGAUGCUUUCCUGAUCGAGCUUUGCACGUCUUCGCACAAUCGCAAGAUCAAGGCCUUGCCUUCGGAGCUAUGGCCCUCGACUUGCCGCAACUUUGAAGGUGCCCUGCAGGAGCAGAACACAUACAGUUCACAAGAUGAUUUCCCCCUCUUUGGAGAGCGACUAGCGCGUCUACAGGAGUUCGUGCAGAGGCAGCAACCGAGUGAGCUCGCAGACCUGUGGCGAGAUCGGAGAGCGCCGCUGCAAUGGCCACGCAUGACAACUUCAGACUUGAAGCGAUCCCCGGUCGAAUUCCCCAACGAACACUGCGCAAUGCCGCUUUCGGAGCUGCACUAUCUCGCGCGCGACAAGCUCUACCACAAGGAGAAGCCGUAUCGAGCAGAGUUCCAGGUGACCGACGGUGUAUCGAGGACGAAUUAUGUCACUGACCGACAUAUCGUCAAGAUCGAGGCAGUCCGCGACAGAGAUCGUUUCGAUCUGAAUCGCAACGGAUUCUGUUUCCUGCACGCCAAAACGGACUUGAGGGUGGAAGAUGCUCUCGGGGACUUCGAAGCAGCCCACGAAGCCUACAUGUAUCGCCUCGCCGCGAUUCUGCAGCAGCGAUUUCCCGAAUAUAGUCGCGUCGAGCCCUUUGAAUAUGUCGCCAGGAAGCGCGAUGCGAGGUUCCCCUCUGACACUUUCGCCAUCGUCACGCAUCAACAACCAGCAACAUUGGCACACGUAGACUUCUCAGUGAACGGUGCUGACCUGCAACUUAAAUCGGCGUUCCCCGGGCAGGAAGAGUUCUUUCAAGGCCGAGAUUACGAUAUGCUAAACGUAUGGCGACCCUUGAUCGGACCGAACAACGACUGGCCGCUCGCGCUCUGUGACUUUACCACCAUCGAUCCCGCGGAUACGACGACAGCCGAUCUACUCUAUCUCCACCGCGUCGGUGAGAACCGGCUGCUGCACCACAACGACCAGCACCGAUGGUACUACAUCGAACAGCAGCAGCCCGAGGACCUCGCCGUUUUCCGGAACACGGACUCCACUGGCCUGCUCCCAUGUGCGUACACAAUGAGGAUUACCUCUCCCAUAUUGCUUGCGGGGCCACAAUUUGCGCGCGCGACUAGGGAUCUUCCUUCGUCCUCUCCCACUAACGAUGAUUGGAAAAUUAUAGAUGCUUUCCACUGCGCGUUCAACAACCCGAGCGCCUCACCGCAAGGGCCGCCUCGCCAAAGCUGUGAGGUUCGCUUCGUGGCGUUCCGUUGA